AUGUCAUCUCGAUAUGGUGAACCUGCGAAAAGUUGGUCAAUCAAAGGCCUGUUCUCACGAAGUGCCAAGGGAAAGCCGAUUCUGGAUGACUGCCGCUCUGAGAUCACCCUGAUUCAACAGAGACUCAUGGGGGACCCUGUGAUCCUGUUGAGCCGUACCCUUGCGGACAUGGGAUCUGUCAGUUCUGCAACCUCUUCAGUGAAGCGACAAUUAACGAUCCCAGUGAUGCUCCCACGACAGGUUCUUUCCAGGCACCGAUCACGUGACAUACAGGGGGGCUGGACGGUGGCCAAUCCCGUUGGUUUCUCGCGUUCCUCCGAAUUCUUGCAUCUCACCAAGGACGGGAGCCAGCCUCGCCUGGGUAUUUGA